CUCCAUAUUUUCAUUUCACAUUUCUCUCUAUAUAUUUCUAUCUUUGUUACUUAAAAAAAAACUCUAAAACUUUUAAAUUCCAUUUCACAUAUGCAAUUGAAUUCCUCUCUCAAUUAUUAAUUUAACUGAAAAACCUCUUUCUAACAAGACAAAAGACUGAGUAGUUAAAAGUCAGUUCAUCCCCAACAUUUCUUGUUCAUCUUUUUUUGUUUUAUUUCUCUUUUACAAUGAACUGAAUUCAAGAAAAUCAGAACAACUUUUCAUAUUUGUUUCCUUAUUUUCUUGAUUUUCUUUUGUACUAUAUGAUCCAAUAAAAUUUGACUUACGUUCUUGUAAUUUUCUUUAAUUCAAGCGGUGGAAAAGUGGUUUCUUUAUUUUCUUGAUUACAUAAACUAUUUCUUUUUCCCGAGAAAGUGAUGGAAUUGGCGGAUAAUCCAAAGUUGGAUAUGGAAGGUGGAUUAGAAGAAAAUAUGGGAACUCCCAAGAAAAUUUCUAUUUUGGAUCAUUUAAAUGGUUUUCAAUACUCAACUGAGAAAUCUGAUAACUUUGUUAUAGACAUGGGCACCAGCUUCUCUCAUGCUGCUACCAAUAAUAAAGAUAUUAACUCCAAUUCAAGAAUCACUUUGCAGAGAAGCCUUUCCAGAAAAGGGUCACUGCGGGUUGGUGGCGGAGGAGGCGGCGGCGGUGGUGGCGGCGGCGAUAAAAAGAUUAUAUCUAAUCACUCUCCUAAUGAUAGGGACAUUAUUGUUGCUGCAUCAUCACCAAGAGGUUCUAGCAUGCCCGAAAAGGCAUCGCUCGGGACCGCGGACCAUCCCAACAGCAGCAACGCACAAGUUCAUCAUCAGAUCACCAUUACUACUUCGGGAAGUAUGAAUGGAUCACCAACCGAAUGUAGGUCCGGCUUCAGGAGAAACAGUUUCAAGCGUUCUUCACUUUCGUGGACAGUUGAUCCCAAAAGAGUUCUUUUCUUCUUCGCCACUUUAUCAAGCAUGGGAACAAUGUUGCUGAUAUACUUCACUCUUUCAAUCCACAAAUUCCGUGGUGAAGACGGAGGUCUUGAUUGAUGAUACCUACAAAUUAUCUCUCACAGAAAAGAAAAUAACAACCGCGCCCCAUUUCGAGCACAAUGCAAGACAGAAACAAAAGAAGAGUUUAAAUUGGUGGUUACAAAGCUAAUUUUGCGUUUAAUUCGCUUCUUCUGAUGACAAUUUCAAUGGAAAAGAAAAGCAAUCAGAACACGGGGAAAUUAGAAGAUGUCGAAAAGCUAACCGACCAUCCAUUAUUCAACUUAGGAGUGCCUAGCUUUUGAGGGAAUUAUUAGUAAACUCUAGAAAUGAAAGACAAGAACAUACAGCAUUGUGACAAACAAAAGAAUCUUAUAUUUUUGUUUUCUAUGUAUGGAAGAGGAAAUAUGAUAUUGGAGUGCAAUCCUAUAAAGCUUAGUGGAGGACCAGAUGGUCCUUACCUUUUUA